GGGGCAGCUUCCGGUGGGGCAGGAACCGGAUCUCGUGUGAGAAGAACCGGGUCGUGGUGAGGAGGAGGCAGGCGGCGGCAGCGUGAGACGAGGCUUGGUACGCGGAUACACAGGACGGGACGAGACAGACGGACGCACACACACGGGGCGCCAUGUCGGACGUGCAGCGCCUGGCGGUGGCUGUGCUGGGCUUCCUGAACGAGCAGCUGCGCGCGGGGACGCUGUCGGAGGACGCCACCGAGAGUCUGGAAGUUGCGACGCAGUGCCUGGAGACGGCGUUUGGGGUGACUGCGGCGGACUCGCACCUCGCCGUGUCGCGACCGCUGCUCGACAUCUUCGUGGAGGCGACGCAAGACGAGCCCGCAUCAAAUCCACCCCUCAGUCAAGAGAAGGCCCUCCCGGACUGCACGGUGUCAGAAGAAGAUAGAACUCGCGCUGACAAAUACAAGAACGAGGGGAACCAGUACAUGCGCGAGGAGCGCUAUUCCGAGGCUGUGGAGUGCUACACACACGCCAUCGAGCUGCACCAGCAGAACGCCGUCUACUUCUGCAACCGGGCGGCCGCCUACAGCAAACUGAGCAACUACGUGGGCGCGGUGCAGGACUGCGAGCGCGCCAUCGUUAUCGACCCCAACUACAGCAAGGCCUACGGGCGCAUGGGGCUCGCGCUCACCUCCCUGGGGAAGCACGAGGAGGCGGUGGAGUUUUACCGUCGAGCCGUUGAGCUCGAUCCGGACAACGAGGGUUACCGAGGCAACCUGGAGCUCGCCGAAAGCAGAGGGAGGGAGGCCACGAGCCCGCAGAAUGCCACGCCGCCCGGAGGCUUCGACCUCGCUGGGAUCCUCAACAACCCGGGAUUCAUGGCCAUGGCGGCCAACAUGAUGCAGAAUCCACAAUUGCAGCAGAUGAUGUCGGGGAUGAUGUCAGGAGGCUUCUCUGGAGGCGUCCCGGGUGUGGGAACCGGUGGCAUCAACGACAUGGCCGGCCUAAUCCAAGCAGGGCAGCAGUUCGCGCAGACGAUGCAGCAGGAGAACCCGGAGCUCAUCGAGCAGCUGAGGAGCCAGAUCCGUAGCCGGCCGGCCAGCGCGAGCCACGACGACCUCCCACCUCCCUACCAGCCCCCGCCCCCGCCCCCACCACAGCCGCCCAGCUCUUGAACGUCUGUGACCUCCCUCUACCCACUACCCUCCCCCCCCCUCCAUGACUACAAGCCCCCCCCCUCCCUCGCCACGCACCAGCCCAAUCAUUGACUCUCCCUGGAUAGUCCCAUCCAGACAAAUUGGCCAAUAAAAAUAAACGAAAUGGCACGUAAAAUGAUUGCUUUUCUUCAGUCUUGGUGAACUGUUGACCUCCUGGCGUGACCCCGCGACUUCUUGAUGCGCCUGCAUUCUGGGGCUGGGGUUGCUGUGUGACAGCGAGUGAUAUGGCUGGUGAAUCACGCGCAAACAAAACAAAAUAACUCUUUGACGACCUUUAAAGUGCCAGGGCCAGGUGGACACUUGCAGGUGAACAUCUGACCUCCAUGGCGAGCUUGUGUGUUGCGUGCUCGAGUGAGUGUGCGUAUGUUGUGUGUGUGUGUACGUUGUGUGUGUGUGUGUACGUUGUGUGUGUGAGUACGUUGUGUGUGUGUGUACGUUGUGUGUGUACGUCGUGUGUGUGUACGUCGUGUGUGUGUGUACGUUGUGUGUGUGUGUACGUUGUGUGUAUGUACUUUGCUUGUGUGUGUGUACGUCGUGUGUGUGCGUCAUGUGUGUCUGGCCAGCUGGGUGUUCAGUCAGUCUUUGCUGGGAAUACCCUAGCUGCUACCGUAGGUGCUGCCGGCAGCUGCCAACGCCGAACCCCAGGCGGCGAUGAACUAAUCGGGCAAACUAGGUAUCUGUGUUGGGUCUGUGGAACCCUUGGUGGGGGAAAUACCAUCAGAAGGUCUCCUCAGAUCGUCCACUGCAUCCAGCAUCAUCUCCAGCCAUCUCGACAUAGUCUUGCCACUGGAUACAGAUGAGUUUGGACGAGAGAGUGAAGUUGAAGCUGCGCAACUCUCCCUCAAAGUGACACCACUUAAUAUUGGCGCUCGGGAUGUGCGCACACUUAUGGACACGGCUGGACCAAACAGACCUGAGAGACGCACAGCUCUUGUAGGCAGAGAAUUUGCCAGAUACAACAUUCACGUUGCCGCCCUGAGUGAGACCCGGCAAGCUGGCAGGGGAGUUGGUGUGGAGAAGGGGAGAGAUGCAUUGCUGGUGUUGGUUUUGCAGCAAAAUCUAACCUGGUCAACCAACUGUCAACCAACUGUCAAGCUUACUCAGCGGUAUCAACGACCGUUUGAUGACCCUGAAGCUCCAUCUACCAGGCAAAAGGCAGGUCACCAUCAUCAGUGCCUAUGCGCCAACCAUGACUAACACGGAUGAGGUAAAAAAACAAGUUUUGCACUGGCCUGGAGACUGCAGUUGCUGCUGUACCCAGCAAAGAGAAACUAAUUCUCGGCGACUUCAUUGCCAGAGUUGGAACUGACCAUCAGUCAUGGAAUGGGAUCAUUAGGGUGCACAUGGUGUUGGCAAAUGCAACAGCAAUGGCCUUUUGCUACUGGGACGCAACAACGGUCAAAACAUUGGCACUCGAUUGACUAUGUCGUCAGGAGGAGAGACAGGCGUGACGUCCAAGUGUCAAAGGCCAUGUGCGGUGCAGAAUGCUGGACAGACCACAGACUCGUUAUCUCCAAGCUCAACAUCCUGAUCAAACCUAGAAGUCCACAAGGCAAAACAAAAUGUUAAGUGACUCAACAUCUCCCAGCUGAAACAGGAGAGCAUCCAGCAGUGCUUUGCUGAAUCCCGAGACCACCGCUUGGAGUCCCUAAGGCCUGACUGAAGAUGCGGAGGCACUCGGCAGCGCUUCAAACAGUCGGUGCUACCACACGCAAACACCAAGACUUAUUCGACUAAAAUUAUACAGAGAUUCAGGCACUCCUUGAUGUGAAACAUUGCCUGAACAAAUCCUACCCGAAUGAUAGCAGCUCAUAGUCCAAGAAAACUGCAUUUCUCAACAUCCACAGAACUGUCCAGCUCUAGCUUAGACCUAUGCAGAAUGCUUGGCUCAAUCAGAAAGUAGAGGAGAUACAAUCAUAUGCCGGCAGCAACAACACAACGCGUUUCUACGAUGCACUCAAGUCAGUUUAUGGCCGACAACCCUCAGGAAUCUCACCUCUCCUGUGUGCAGACGGAACCACACUGCUCACAGAGAAAAGACAAAAUCUUUGGCAGAUGGGCCGAACACUUUAAUUCAGUCCUCAAUCAGCCUUCAUCCAUAAAUAAAGACGCGAUCAAAAGGCUGCCUCAAGUUAAAAUUAACCUGUCACUUGCAUAUCCACCCACUAUAGAGGAAACUAAAAAAGCCAUCAGUCUCCUGUUAUCGGGAAAAGCUCCGGGAGCUGACACCAUAUCAGCGGAAGUCUACAAGGUGGUAGGGCCUCGUUUGGUUGAGAAGCUUACCGGCCUCUUCCAGUCAUUAUGGAGACAAGGAGCUGUCCCUUAGGAGUUAAAGGAUGCGUGGAUUAUCCACCUGUACAAGAGGAAGGGCAAUCGCCAAGCCUGACAACCGCAGAGGUCUAUCCUUGCUGUCCAUUGCAGGAAAAAUCUUUGCAAGAAUCCUGAAUCGUCUUAACAGAACACCAAGACCAAGGCCGGCUGCCUGAGAGCCUGUGUGGCUUAAUAAAAAGCCAUCGAACCACUGACAUAGUGUUUGCAGCCCACUAACUCCAAGAAAAAUGCCAAGAGCAAAACUCUGAUCUAUACCUCACCUUUGUCGACUUGAGAAAGGAUUUCGACACCAUCAGCUGCGAGUGCCUCUGGAAGAUUAUAGUAAAGUUUGUAUGCCCAGACAAAUGUAUCACCAUGAUGCGACAGUUGCGUGAUGGCAUAAAGGCUUAGUGUGUACAAGAUCACCAAGGGUCCUCUGAACAGUUUUUAGUCACAAAUGUAGUGAAGCAAGGCUGUGUUCUAGCACCAGCCCUCUUCAGCAUGAUGUUCACCGCCAUGCUGCUAGAUGCCUUCCCAAAUGAACACACUGGGAUCCGCUUCAUCUACCACUUUGAGAGGGACGCUGUUCAACUUGCGGAGGAUGCAAGCCAAGACAAAGGUGGAGGAGGUGACUUCGCGACCUUUUGUUUGCAGAUGAGUGCGCGCUGGCUGCUGGCUCGCAUGCCGACCUGCAGACCCUCAUGGACCAGUUCUCAGCUGCCUGUGACAACUUCGGCCUCACACUCGGUACAAAGAAGACUGAAGUUGUAGACCAACCUGCCCCCAGUAAUCCUUAUGUGGACCCUACCAUCUGUGAAAGAUCAGAAACUUGUCAGCUGUCGACAAGUUCACCUACAUUGGUAGCGCUCUAUCACGUGCUGUUCACAUCAGGAUUACCAAGGCUAGGUGCAGCCUUCGGCUUUCUGCGAGAUUCAGUGGGGCAAGGAAAGGCAUCAAGUUGGCCACUAAACUGAAGGUUUACAAGGCAGUCAUACUGCCAACUCUUAUGGCUGUGAAACCUGAACAGUAGACCAACGCCACCAUUCCAGGAAACUCGAUCACUUUCACCUCAACUGUGUGAGGAAGCUGCAAAGGAUCAGCGGCAGGAUAGAAUCCCAGACCCUGAAGUCCUCAGAGGUGCUGACAUGCCGAGCAUUCCCACACACCUGAUGAAAACACAGCUCGGAUGGGCCGUCCGUGUGACCAGGAUGCCUGCCACUCCUCUCCCGAAGCAGAUAUUCUUUUGAGAGCUGAAGAAUGGGAAGCGAGCACACGGUGGGCCGAAAGAAACACUUCAAAAACACUGAAGGCCUCCCUCAAGAGCUUUAACAUAGAUCAAAAGUCAUGGGAAAUCCUUGCUAAAAUUCGUCUGACCUGGCGAAAUCUCAUCUGGCAUGGCGCUGAAACCAGCAGAACCAAAAACGCCAUGGUGAGGAGACAACAGGACAAGACCCGUAUCAAGAGACCCGUCCCCCAGCAGCAGGCUGCUACCAACAUAUCAUGUCCAGUGUGCCACGGAGUUUCCCGGGCUCAUGUUGGCCUCUUCAGCCAUCUGCGCUGUCACCGUACCCCAGACUCAUCCCAAUGAAGCAUGUCAUGGUCAUUAACAAUCUUUGAUGGACGAACACGGAAGGAAAGGAAGGUGUAUGUUGUGUGUGUGUGCGUCAUGUUUGUGUGUCGAUGCGUGUGUGUACCUUGUGUGUGUACGUUGUGUGUACGUUGUGUGUACGUUGUGUGUGUGGAGCGAUGAAGCGGCUGUCGUACUGCGCUACGAUCCCAGCAAGUGGACACGCGCACUUUGUACCUUCGGAAAGUGGCAUCCGAGUGGUCUGAGCCUCCCCCCCAAGGUCACCACAGCCUCCUCCCCAAGGUUGCCACCACAUCCUACGCGGAGUCGUCGUUUACUCGCUCUGGGAAGUCCAAGCAGCUCGGCGAACGCUUGGUUCCAACCAGCCUCUCGUGCUGGGCAGGCACAUGGAGGUGCUCGCUAACGCCACAUCCUACGAGACUAAAUGGGGGGAGCUUUUUAUCUGUGUGUAUCUGCCCGUAUCUGCCAUUGUGAUUGCCAGGGGGUCUACGGUCGUGUAUGGACCUAUGUUGGGGUGGCCGGUUCGUGCUACGCUGCACUUAUCCCAGCCACACUGGUUCGAGUCUCGCCACGCACCUCAUCACCGUUACUGCCAAUUGGUGUCCCAAUGCCCUGUCUUGAUGCUGUUUGCGUGGUCAACAAACAGCUGGGAUUUGAGAGACAAACACGCUGCCAAUGUUUUCCCGGCCACCACACCAAGUCCAAAUGGACACUCGCAAACGGCGCUGCCCCUCGGCUCUCGUGGCGAGGCUCCGAGGGAGACCCCCACACUGCGCGUCUGCAACGUUGAGCUGCGGGCGCAGUAUUUGUGUGCAGCGAUCACGAGCCGCCGAGUGAUUUCAGGGCUGGACAUCACGACAACGUCCAUCGCGAGCCGCUACGUGGCGAGCCAUCGGCGUGAACACCAUCACCCCUGCGUCGGUCGUCUUCAGUCGCAUUCAUCCAACGUGAAAAUCACUUCGCUUGUGCGUACGGGGCGAGUCUGGCUGUCGGUCGUAAUGUGCGAGCCAGCGUCUUGCUCUCUCUCGGUGGGCGUCUUGUGUGAGGCGAGCAGAGCCUCGUCCCGCACCUGGAGAGGAGUCGUGAUGUACAGAGACAUGUUUUGUAACUGGUCAGGAGACGACGCAAACCGCAGACGGCUGCGUCCCCCACUGCUCGCGAUGCGGUUGAGGCCGCGAAUGCCACGGUGAUGAUCUUAACGUGGAUGUGCUGGCAUGAAUAAAGGCGCUUUGAAUAUUUAACAAAAUAA